CAGGUCGGGGAGAAAUUCUCACAAUAACUCAAAUAAAUGCCCCGUCGGAUAUUAAAACACAUUUGGGGGGACUUGAUGACAGAAAGAGUAACUUGUAUUCUUAAAUACUGAUGAAUGAAAAAAAUGUGUCUCUAGCAAAAAGGGCACUUUUCUCAUCCAGGGCAAAGGGGCUGGUGCUUGAGCACCACUAGGGCUCUAUCUGUGCACGUGCCUGUUAGUUAGUAUCAUAUUCUUGAAUACAGAAGGUCCAAAUACAAAACAGCUGGAAUAUGCAACUUCCUGUCACCACAAGCAACAUGUGAUUUCUCAAGUGUCAUUUCCAGGGAAACCAUAAACUAAAAGCAGUUAAAGAGGCACAGACACAGGAAUCAGAAAACAAACAGCGGCAGACCAACGCAGGAUGAUGGGGAUGCCAGGAAUAUUCACAAUGUGCUGCGGAGCUCUGUUCCUGGCCCUCACCUCAGUGUCGGCUGUACAAAAGCUACAUUCAAUUAAUUCUUUGAAGAACAUCAACUUUGGUAAAUCUGUGCCCAAACACAGUCUCUUGCUACUCUACUGGUUUGCAAACGUAGUGGAGAUCGACGAGAACAACGUCAUAUGGAUGACCUUUGAUCCCAAUACACAAGAUUAUGGCUCACAUUAUUAUCACAACUCUGAGGGGGUGUUGGAAGAACUAGAUGGGAAUAAUGCAUUCCGGUACUACACUAUUGGCAAUCUCAAUCAACCAACUUCCAUGCCACUUCCUCCUUAUGUUGUUCAUCCCCGAACUGAGUAUGUGGGACGCAACAGGGACAGGAUCAUAGUUUGUAUCAGGGAGCAGAAUACACAAUGGACAGAUGUGCAGAGGAUAGAGCACGUUUAUAUAACACAGCAUUAUGAUAUUUCUGAAAACCAGGGGACAGAAUACGACCCAGCUCAUACCUACAGGAUCAAUCUUUCCCUCAUCAGAUAUAUCAGAGCGUUUUCUGUGGGACAAAACCAACAGCAACUGUUGCAACUCAGAACCCGCUUUGGAGGCAACGCAGAUGAGUCCCAGUUAAGGGACAUCAUAAACACAUGGGGUCCUGACCUUGCUGGUCUUGGACUGCUGUUGUGUAUUGUGAUCCAAGCAAAGGACUCCCCUAACCAACGCAACAGACAAGAAGAAAGACCGAAACAUUUGGAUGAUGAUUCCAAGAGGAAGAGCAACGUCCACCGAGAUGUUCGCAACCAAGAUUAUGUUCUGGUAAGAAAUGCCGACGAGGACCUCGAAGCCAACAACAGGAUGACUAACAGACAAGAAGAAAGACCGAAACAUUUGGAUGAUGAUUCCAAGAGGAAGAGCAACGUCCACCGAGAUGUUCGCAACCAAGAUUAUGUUCUGGUAAGAAAUGCCGACGUGGACCUCGAAGCCAACAACAGGAUGACUAACAGACAAUCAGGUGACACCUCUGCACCCCAGAACUGUCAAAUUUGCUGUGGUAUUGCCAUAUUUUGUUGCAUCAUAAUCGUAGUGAUUGUAAUUGCUUGCUUGUUAAAAUUCAGAUAAAUUGCAUAUGUGAGCUCUCCCAGUUGAUUGGUGCAGGAGAAUAAAUUCUGAACCAAGACUUCCCGCAAGGCGGAGCUGUUGUUAUUCAAGUACGCCACAUACCGCAUUGAAACCUCAUGUUUUGAAGUUUGCAAAGAAGCUCUUUAGUUCGGACUUAAUAAAAGGGACAAUAUGUUAAAAGAAUGCAGUUGUUUAAUAAAAUAAACAAAUAUAGACCAAUCAGACCAACACUUAGAUUUUCUUCUCAAAUCAAAAACUAUAGCAACUUCCUUUUCCUUAUGCCCAACCUUCAGCAGUUUUAAAAAGCACAUGAAGGGAUGGCUGUUGUCCACCCAAACCUGUGCACACAGAUAGUAGUACUGUCAUGGAUAUGUGAUGUAUGAAUGUUAUAUGAAUUAAUGAAACCUUAAAAUGUACUCAUUAAUGCCCCUAUGUGUAAUAUAUGUGUGUAAUAUGAUGCAUGUGAAAUGUCUUCCUUACACUGAUAUUUUCUCUCGUUUCAUUUUCUAUACGCGAUUCUUUUUUUAUCCAUUGUUAACUUUUUUAAAUACUGAACUGCUAUGCAUUAUCAGCUAUACACUAUGAUUGAUUGUAGUAUAUUAUGACUGCACUUUAACCUUUUCCUAUAGGACGCUCAGCCUGUACAUUCUGGCAGGGGGUCACCAAUGGGAAUCAGCCUAGUGGCUGUAAUGGGUGUAUUUACAUUUUAAUUUAAAGUGUUCAUCAAUGUACAUUGGCCCUCACCCUCACCAUGCAGCCUAUAGGACACACUUAAUGUCAAGCCUGGACCGGCACAGGAUACUUUCCAUUAUUAACAUGCUAAUAAAAAUCCAGGAUGACUUUAUAGAAUCAUUCCUCUAAAAACUGUGGAUAAAAAAAUCCAAAGAAAAAUGGGCAGACGUGUGAAUCCAAAUAAAACAGAACAUGUGACUCCUACUAAUCUGUUUUUCAAAAGGGUAAAGCAGUUUCACCCAUACAGCUGUGUUGACAUCCUUCAACCAAUAGCAACGCUAAAAAAGAAAAACAGAAUUCCUUUGAUCUAUGAUUUUGUGUUUAAUAAACUGUAAUUACCUAUCCUAUUA